AUGAUUUCAUCUGACGUGCCCAACCCAGUAGAGCACUUUGGACUAUCCAAAGAGCAAAAGGAACAAUUAGAUCUCCUCUCCAACUAUCACAAACAAAAUCUCAUCACCGACAAGGAUUUUGAAAAGUACAAACAAAAUAUCAUUGAUGGAACCUUUAAAUUGGAUGAAGAGGACGAUGAUCCAUUCCAUCUCAUGUCCUCCUCCUCCUCUGAUGAUGAUGAAGAGGAUGAUACCAACAAGGACAAUAACAAUCAUAGUUCAUCAACAGCUAAUAACAUCAACAGUAGCAACGGAAAGAACGAAAAAAGCCUUGAAAAAAUGGAUGAAACAACAAACAAUGCACCAUCGACUUCUUCUUCUUCUGUAGGUGAUGGUGUUGCUGCUGGUAAUGUAGGUGUUACUUCUGCUGUUGCUGUUGCUCAGAUACAAGUUGAUGUUGAACAGGUUGAUUUUGUUCGUAAAGAUUCUUCAGGAACAAUUGGUAUUGCUACAAAAACAUUAGAUUUGGAAAUUAUGGAAGCAAAACCUGUUGAUGUUAGUAAAAAGUAUCUUGAAAAUUAUGGAUUUGAUCUCUCUGAUGAUGAUGGAAAUGUCAGAGAUAUGAAGGAAUUAUUUGAAAAACAUAAGGAUUUUAAUGCAAAGAAAAUUGAAAGUCAAAGAAAGAGAUGGCAAGAAUUUAUUCAAAAGCACAAUAUCGGAGCUAAGGGAUUUACAACCUUAGAGGAAUAUGAACAACAACGUAUUUUCCACUUUAUUGAAGAAUCCAAUGAUUUUAAAAAAUUAGUAAGAAAGGGAAUUCCUAUGGAAUACAGAGCAGUAAUGUGGUAUAUUAUUAGUGGAGCAAACUAUCAAUAUUUAACACACAAAGAUAUUUUUGAUAACUUGAAAGAAAAGGCACUCGCUAUUCCUAUUGAUGAAAGAGAAAAGGAUAAGAAUUUCGUUUGCAUUUGUAAGGAUGUUGAUAGAACAUUCCCAACUCAUCCAUUCUUUAAAGAUCCACACAAUCAAAUUGCUUUGAGAAAUGUUCUCUAUUUGUACUCAUUACAUAAUCCAAAGGUUGGAUAUUGUCAAUCAAUGAACUUCCUGGCUGGUAUAAUGUUAGUGGUAGGAAUGAAUGUGCAACAAGCAUUUUUCACACUUGAUAGAAUUAUAGAUCGUUACAUGCCACCAGAUUUGUAUGAUUCAAGUAUGGAAGGUGUUUAUUCUGAAUCAUUUGUUUUGCAACAUCUUUGUUUAGAUAGAAUACCCAAGGUAACAAACCAUCUGGUGAAACUGGAGUCUAAUUUAUUUAUUAUGGUUUCUCCAAAUUGGUUCCUCUGCCUCUAUUUGACAUCAUUCCCAGUAGAAACGGCAUUGAGAAUUUGGGAUUGCUUUAUUCAUGAAAAGUACAAGAUUUUAUAUCGUAUUGGUAUGACCUAUCUUACACUGCUCGAAAAGGAACUAAUGAAGUGUAAUGACUUCCAAGCAGCUUUUAUGCUUCUCAAAGAUAGUUCACAAAAGAUGUUUGAUUGUCGUCAACUCAUCAAGAAGAGUUUUGGCAUUAGAAAUUUCUCAAAGAAAAAGAUUUUAUCGUACAGAGAGUUGUUUAGAACACAAAAAAAGUAA